CGCACGGAUGGAACCUCAUCAAAACGUGCGUGAUCAUGUUCUCCUCAUGUCCAGUUAUUUCCAAGAAGCCCAGGAUCAUGGUGCUGAAAUGGACAGUGCUACUCAAGUAAGUCUUAUCUUGAACAGCCUGACUCCAGCAUUUCUACCAUACACAUCAAAUUAUGUCAUGAAUAAGAAGGAAAUUGACUUUCAUGAAUUAGUCAAUGACCUUCAAACUUAUGAAAAUUUGAUUGGAGGACCCAAGAAGAAAGGGAGUAAACCUCAUCCUGGUAAUGGUAAUGGGACGAUGAAACCUGAAGCAAAUGUCGCCUCUGCUUCAAAGCCCAAAUCGAAGAAGAAGUGGAAGAACACCAAGAAGCGAACAAAAGUCAUGAAAAAGACUGCUCCUUCUGGUGAUGCUACACUUAAAGGAAAGUGUUUCCACUGCAAUGAAAAAGGCCAUUGGAAACCCCAAUGUCCUAAACUUCUUGCAAAGAAACAAGGCCAAGCUACUUGAACUCAAUUGAGUUGGAUCAGCAAGCUGGACCAAGGGUGAAAUCGUCCAGAUGAAGAUGAAGCUCUUCAAUUUAUUUUUUGAAUUAAUUGUUUUAGUUUAAAGACAAUUUGGAUUUCAAAUUUUAGUUAGGGAUAUUUAUCCCUGUUUCUCUCAUAUUGUUGCAAUUUUUUUUAUUAAUAAAGUUUUAUUUUUUUUCGAAAUUCCCUAUUGCAAUUUAUGAGAUUGAGCUUCAUUUAAUUCUAUCUUCAUCAAUUAUUACCACAUUAUAUUUAUAUGUUUGUAUGUGUAAGUGUUUUUAUUAUUGAUGCAAAUUCUAUAAUAUUUACAACUCUUCAUAGAGUUAUAUUAUAUAAACACUAGAAAUUAUUUCUAUGUUUAUCAAUAAUU